UGGUAUAGGCCAUGUGGAUUCAAUAGCUUUUAUUCACAAUUGCAUGCAGCAAUGAUAUAGUCAAUAUACGUGUUUACGCGCAUAGACACAUCAGGGCAGAAGCGACAUAAUAGUAUCUUGUCUAUAUCAACAAGUCCUGGACUUGGACUCGGUGUGUGAUAUCCAGAGGAUUUGUGGAAAGUUAUCCUAUACGCUUUGUUAAUAAAUGGAAUAAAUAAUGCAGCUACGCAAAAGAUCGGCACCAGUGGUUUUGAAGCGGUGCAGCCAAGUCUGCACCUGUGGACAUGGCUAUGGUAUUGCCUGACGAAUCUCAAAAUCACCAUGAGCUCAGUAGAACAGCCACGAGUUUCACCUACAGAUACGGCAAGUUUGGGAAAGACGGCAAUGUCAAAAAGACUUGGCAUCUGGCUGCAGUUAGUGAGCGCCCUGUUAUGACACCAGGGCAUCAGACAGCAGUAAUACGCCAAGAAACGCCUUCUAAAUUUGCCUUCUCAAAAAAGAAAGAAAAAUUCGCUAAAUCGCUUCGACAUGCAAGUUAUCCGCUCUUGAAGAAUACUUGUGACUGUAUUUAUGACGUAGGAAAACAACGAGAUCGUCCGUCUCUUUCAAGAGUGUCCGUAAAAAGGAUUGGCCAUAAAUUGAAAUAUACGGCACAACGAAGGGAGUUUGGUAAACCUAAGUCAUUCAGUAGCAUUUCUGAAAAGAUUGCGAAGUUUCCUCUUGCAAGAAAAUAUCGUGAUUACUUGAAUCAGAACUCUGAGGGUACAUGCAACUCCGAUACUUCUGAGAGUGAAGUUGGAACUGUGACAUCGGAUACUUUGAAUUCGUAUCGCAGCCCUUCGACUGGUCACAGGGAACGUAAUAGAGCCAGGAAAGACGUCGAUAUUUUCACUGUUAAUGCUGAUGCAAAUCCGUCUCCAAGACAGGUAUUGAAUAAAUCCCCCCGUUGCAAACCGUUGUGCAAAAGGAAAUCAGAUUCUCGUGUUAGUAGAGUAGACAAAAUUCGUGGAUUAAAAAAAAAUGGAUACCGAUAUCUAGAAACUCUAAGGGUCCGUGACAAUAAGACAAGCUUGCUGCAUGUAGAUAAUAAGAUUUCAACAGGAUUUGCUCAAAAUCAAACCACUCAUGAAAACAAAUAUAGCCAGAUUUAUGGAAGGAUAAAGAAGAGAAAACGUGUGAGAAAGAUAUUUGUUGAUGGACUUUGGAUCCCCGUGCGGAGUAAAAAGGACAUACAACAGCUCUUCUGUACAGAUCCCGUUGUGGUUCUUGAAAGGAUUCCGGCAGCGGUGCUGCGCCGUUUGACGAUACGGGGACGCCAACGCGUAACUAUGAGCGUUCUGGAUACCACAGAGCCACCAAAAGAAAUGGAGGAUGAUAUUGACGAAUUGAAACAAAACAUUGCGGAAAAGAAUUUAGGAGGUUGCGAAUAUCCAAUGGAUUUGACAAAUUACUCCUUGGGGGCUCCUGAUAAACUUUUUGAAGUUGAUCCGUCGAUAUCGUUUAACAUCGACAAAUUGAGGAAAGCCUGUGACGCUUUUCGGUCGAGAGAAACCAGCACUGGUCCGGACCCUGUCAUCUCUGGGUACAGGCCUGAGGAGGAGGAAAGACCGCGUAGCGACGAACCGGAGUAUGUCUAUUUUGACGAACCGACAGAGGGUGAUGAAGUGUUUCGUGAUCCGUACGAUAUGAACGCUUUUGGCGACAGCAGCAAAUUCUUCGAACUGCAAGAUCCGACUCCAAAAGACGUAGGGUCUAGUGCAAAAGACGACGAUAGUAAAAGGGACUUGCGUGUCCCAAACAUUAGUGAUAAUGGCAAGAACGAAAAUCCGGUUAAACUCAAAGAUGCUGUUAAAACACCCCGAAAUAUUUUUGAGGCAAACAAAUAUUCACAAAGUACUUGUGACUCAAAGCUGGAUCCGAAAGGCACAGGCUUCAAGGAGUCUGAGUUAGUUGGUAACCUAGACAUCGAUGAGAGGUUAUCAAAUAUCUUUUACCGGAAUAGAGACAGCACUGACCCCGGAGAGCCUUAUUCACCGGAGUACAUCGACCACACCCUGCAUAAGUCCCCCACACCUCCGCUCCUUGAUAACUGCGUGGACGAAGGCUCUGAAGAAGAGAUCCCGCAAUCGCCUCCUGGUAUCAUUAUUAUUGAGACUUCCUUUCCGUUCGAGCCGGUGUCCCCUCUCCGAGACGACCCAGGCCCAUCUCCUGCUCAGAAAGUAGUUCCAAUAGACUCCAAACCCGCAUCAACAGGUGCGUCUUUGACGCUAAAUGUGUCUUCUCCAUCCCAUGUCGUCUCAUCGACGCCAGUGACUGCGGCUGGCGAGACGGUCAUAAUUGAAGAAAUCAGCUCGCCACAGAACGCUGUGCUAGUGUCCGAUAGUGUUCAGAUACCAGAAAUUGAGUCCGACACUCCAAUCCCAUUAAGACUUGAUGGCAAGAAAAUAGAGUCAAAUUCCACUAACGCUCCUUUAGAAAAAGGGGCCUGUGACCUCGAAACCGUUAUUGAAUUAUCGAUUCCAAGAUCUGAUCAAGAAGCCGUCAGGCAUGAAGCAACUAGAGACCAAAAUGUAGCAUCUCACGAUAAUCGAAAGGACGAUGCCAAAAAUAAGGGUUCAGGAUUAUGUGACGAUUUCGAAAUGGAUAUAGAAAGGGACGAGCCCUACCCGAUAAGUAUGGUGGUAGUGAACAUGCAAGACGGUGCUGACCGAAUUACACAAUCUGUAGUCAGCAUGGUUAACAAUAGUUCUGACGGUCUUCAGGAGCAGGAAGCAGCGCAUGAUGAUGCUCAGCAAUACGACAAGGUCUAUGAUCUGUCCACGACGACUGUUCCUAAGGACGAAUUUGAAAUAGAGGACCGUGCAUCGUCACUGACUGGCACCACUGUUUUUGGAGAAUCGUUUCCAUAUGGUUUUGAGAUAACCCCGUCUGGUACGAGUCGGCACGAACGGAACAGCCUCAUCUCGUCUGCUGAGCUUGACGCCAUUGAGCGGAUGACAAAUGGAAAUCUCUCAGACGAUGAAGUAUUCCCUACACUCGUGAUUAAUGAAGAUAAUUCAAAUCUUGGAAGUUCGGCCAAUGAGUCGGCACCAGAUUUGGUAAUAGAGAAUGUUGUUUCAUUGAAAAAUGUCGCCGGGAAUUACCUUGAUCAGGAUUACCAGUUUAAAGAUUUCAAUAUUGAUGUCGCGGUAACGAAAAGCAAUGAAAAUACUGAAGGAGAACAGACAUUUGGAGGACAGAACUUCAUUUCUGAGCCUGAUAAUGACAUAAGGGCAAUGGGGUCCAAUAACGACAGUCAAGAAAAGGAAGUUGCGGCGGGUUCGGUUAAUGUAAAUGUAACUGAGGCCAUAGACAUGACGUCAUCACUUGGAAAAACGACCAGCCAUGUCCCACGCGACUCGUCGCCCGAGUCAACCAAGAGCGAAGGCAGUCUCAAAUGCAUCUUGACUAAAAAGAAGGACAGUGGUGCUCAGGUCCGCUAUGUUAUAAAAUCACUGAGUUCUGUCGACUCGGAUGACCCGGCACCUUUCUUCACUCGUUCCAGAGACGAAAGGGGUGAUCCGGCGGAACCUAUUUCAUUCGAUGGUUCAUACUCGCCCUACAAUGCACGAGAAAAUCACACGAGUAUUAAUGACAGCGAAAUUAGCUAUGUCACGCGGGAGCAAGCGAUACGGUCAUGCUCUGCUCUUGCUGACAUACCUAGGCCUACGCUCUCAAAGACGACAGAAAAUGAACAUAUGUCACCACAACUAAGGGGAGAUAUGCAGAGCUCGCGAAAUGCUGACUGUGUGAAGCCGAAAACCCACAAAAAAUCUAAGACGAAAAUGGCUCGAGAUUUGAAGCGACAUAUUGGUAAAAAUCACCCUAACUUGGGUGUGGGUCAAACUAAAUUCAUCAAACGACCCCUAAUUCGUAGGAGUAGAAUCUCAUCGACUCUAAAACAAUUUUAUACCCGCUCAAAAUCUCAUAAAUUGACUGUAAAAAUCUCAUCACCCGAGCAAAAUUUGAUAAAUUCGCGGCAUGUUUCCAAAAAGGCCGAGAAGGGCCAUGUCAAACGGACAUGGCGUCCCGAAAAGUAUGAUACAUGUAUGCAGAGUGAUAUGAGCUCUGACCUCAGCGACCUUGGAGAUUUGGUCGAGCCGGUUAUUACUAGGAAGCGGAGGCCGCACAGAAAGAAAAAAAAGGGUCGGAAUAUACCAGAAGCAAAUGAUGAGAAGGCGUCAGGACAGAAACAAGACACAAGUACUGAAGGCGAUGACCUCCCGGAGAUCUUGCCACCAAAGCGGCGACGGGUGCGUCCUCCUCCGCCCGUCGCCCAGCUGAUUGAAGAGAGCGAGGUCAUAAGUCGGCUGUCGCGAGAAUUCCCUAAGCAUAACUGGUUGGAGAAUAAAAUCAAAUUAUUCGACCAAAAUCAGGAGGACGGGCAAGAAUUGGCACCGGACAUGCCGGAUGCGCAGUAUUUUCAGCAACUGGUGGAAGAUUUUAACAAUGUUGACGAAUCGGCACCGGACCUCGGGCUUGCUGUCAGAGACGAAAAUAAGGACUCUGACUCUGUGCGACAAAUUGCAAAUUGCAGCAGUGGCCAAGAACCUGCUCAGCAGGUUGUAGAAACGGGGAGGCGAAGUGAAAUUGAUACAUAUAAUUCGGCUCAGCAAGCAACGGACUUCAGCAAAACUGCUGACUCAGCAGAACUGCAUGUUGACUUGAGCAACGCUACGGAGUCCCACCAACACGCUCCAAAUUUGACGCCCGUCAGCGAGCUAGAGCAACGCAUAGUUGACACUAAUUAUGAUGUCCAAGAUGAUCAGAUACCUCGCCAUAAUGCGCUUGAGCAGGAAAAACCACAGGAGCCGUGUUCUGAGCCAGGGAAAUGUACCCCCGUCAUGGAAGGCUCACAUGGAUCGAGCGACUUCAUGAUGUCAGAAAAGCCUGUCGGAGACAACUACAAUGUGAAUUCACCAAAGGUCGCUACUAGUAUCAGUGUACGAUUGGCUAGCUCUGGAGAUCCGAAACGUCCCGGAGAACUAAGCAUGAAGGACACCCUAGAUGGCAUGAUUGAAGCCAGGUUGCUGGAGGAUGUCAGGGAGGGUAGGGUGGUAGACCUUACUGUCCCUCAGACAGCUGCCCAAGGAAAAGAACCUGCCCAGGCUGCGCCACAACAAGGAACAAACGAUGCCGAUAGAACUGGUAAUUAUUGGAGCGGAAGCGCCACAAACUUCAAUAUCAGAGGACCCCAGCAGAGACCGACGAAACAUUCUACGCCUGUUCAAAGAGUGCAGCCUCAGAUAAAAUCAAACCAUGAGCAACCAGAAGCUGCGCGAACCCAAGCAGAAGUUGUCACAGCAAUCAAGAGGCAAAUGUCCAAGAUGGAAGAACCGAGCGCCUCUGCGGCUGGGCAGCGAUCUUUUCCCGGUCGCGAUAGUGACAAGGCAGCAAAUACGGGGCCUAGCACCUCGAACGUGGGUGCCACAAGCUCGACAGUGUCAGCAGCUGCGAGCGGGCCGGUAUCAGUCGUGCCACCUAUCCAGACGAUGCAGGCCAGUUCUGUGCCGGAUCCGCACGUACAUUCAAGGUCUGCUGCAACGAUCCCCCAAACGAUGAACGUUCAUCGGUCAGCGCAAAUUAUGCUUCAGCAGGCUCAGUCAGCUGUGAUAAAUCAAGCUCACAUUGCUCAGAUCUCUCACCCAUCGCAGAUUAAAAAUCCACCGAGAACCUGUCCUCAACACCGACCCACUGUGCCAAGACAACCUAUGGCAUAUCAUCAGCAAGGAUCAACAGCGCUAUCCCAACCACCGGCUCUAUACAGUCAAACUCAAAUCGUAAAUUCUCACCAAAACCAAGUUGUCAGAUUGGAAAUUCCUAUUCCAAAAACUCCAGUCACACCAGUCAUGGCUAAAACGCCUGACUUUCCCUUUCCUCCAGUUUCUUCUGCACCAGGUCAAGCACCAGCAGUCACGAUGCAUACUUCUCCACACACAUCAGCCUCUGCUGUGAAUCGCCAAGGAAAGGUUGUUCGACCUAUGACCGCGGGCACAUUUGUCAGAGAAUACCAAAAAAUGAAACGAGAAUUCCAGCGCAUCGAGGCCAUGCUUACAAUUAAGGAGAGGGAACGUAAGCAACUUCUGUUUAUGAAAAGUAGAAUGAGCUUGCUGAUUGACAAAAUGGAAAAUAAGCUUCGGAGCUUGCCAGGGAACUACUCUUCUCAAUUAGUCCGAGUGUUGCCAGGAGUCAAUGUUGAGCAGACGACGACCCCAAAGAAAACAGGCACUGAAACAGUUGUUCAACCUGGAAGUGGUUCAGGGCCUCCACCAGCGCAUGUGAAAGAACCUUUCACUCCAACUGUUCCCCGGACGGAUCUAAGAGCAGCGCAUUCGAAUAAGACGUCUACAGUCCCACGCCAGUUAAUAUUCAUGGACAAAGAGAUGAAAUCAAGUGACAAACCUGCUGCAGUUGCUUGCGAUUUGGUGCCCCAGCCUGCACAUGCUCACCCAAUUGUUACAGCUGAUUCCCUUCUGACUCAGAGACCUGAAUGCAAACAAAAAGAAGACGAUUGCCUUCAUCUAUCUGCCUGGAAAAGAUAUGCCAUCAAUACAGGCCAAGAGGGAUGUGCUGUACAUACGAAUCCACCUCGGGAACAAGAGCUGCAGAGGCAAGGACAAGAGUCGUCGGCAAAGAAAAAUGUUGAGAUUAUUGACCUUACAACUGAAACGCCUAUAGAGAACGUAGAAAACCAGAGCAGAAGCUGUAACGUACAUGUAGGGGCAGAUGAUCCAACAAAGGUAUCGCCAGAGAAGGAUAAGGAAAAAAGAGUCCAGGAGCUUUUGCGCGUUGUGCAGGUGAAGCGUUCCACGGGAAAUGUCGUGUUGCCUCACCAAGUUCAAAAUUGGAAUCAAUGUAGUGCUCCACCAGCGCCAGUAGCUCCAAGACUCUAUUCCCCUAAUUCAGGCGGUCCACCAGCUUUGGUGCCUCUGAAUGCAUCAACUCCGAGCGUUACGGGGGCUGGAGAGCAGCACAGUGACCCUAGGGCAGCUCAAGUACAACGAUCAUUAGAAUCAAGUAGAGGAACAGCGGUACAUGACUCUGGUCGACCUGUCUACACCAGUGGUAACAUUACUCAACCAGGGACACGACCACAAUACACUUCAGGCAAUGAUAUCUGCUCAGGACUACCUCUCUUGAGUGGAUACAACCCACCCUAUGCCAACCACACUAUAGGGGAAACCGUAAAGACUGGGAAUCCUGUGGGUCAGAGCCCUGGCCCGCAAAUGAGUAUUGCCCCAAAUACGUAUUUCAAUUCAAAACCUGCCGCUACACCAAACAGACCACCUGAUGGAUAUAACUGCCCCCCAGGACUGCCCAAUACCACUAUGUAUGGACAUACCAAUAUGGCUGGACCACCGGCUGCAAAUGGAGUCUUAAGUAGCCCAAACUUGCCUACAGACCGCCCAAGCUCAAUCCUCCAAAGUACUCCUCCGGCAAAUGCUUUGGAUAGGAGUAGGGGAUUCUACUCCACUGGACCUAGUCCCACCACCCCAAAUAAUACUGCCCCUGUAGCAUCCGCUUUUCGACAAAUCGCAAACUGCCAAUCAGCAUCGCCAGUCCGAGAUCCAACUCGACGCCCCAGCUUCCCAGGAACUCCAGUUCAGAGUAUUGACAUGGCACCUUCUAAUAAUGUACCAGUAGCAAACAUCAAAGAGACAGAAAUGGAGAGCAACAAAACGAAGUGUAAGAAAAAAGCUCCAAAGCGUGGCAUGAGCGUGCUGAUGUCACAACCACAUCCAAUGGCCAUGCAACAUGGACAGUACUACCGUGGACCGUCACCAAUGAUGACCAUGGAUCCAAGGGCUAAACUCUCAAUGCAAGAUCCACGACUAAUGGGUUCAGAUCGGAGAUCGCCCCAUGAUAUGUAUAUGGCUCAUCAAGCUGAAAUGAUGCCUGGAAUGAUCCAAAUGUCACCUAGGGGCCAAAUGAUGCACCAGGUCCGUCACCCUUCGCCAAACAAGCAAGCCAUAGGGUUUGGAGAACAACCACCUGGUCACCCGAUGAUGCAGGACGCGCCUGCUUCCUAUCGGCAGCGGGAGUUCGCCGCCCAGCACCAGCGGAUGAUGCAGACAUCGAUGGGUAUGAUGCCACCCCAGCAGACAGCACCGAGGAUGCAGGCGGUACCGGGUGUGAUGCCUGCACGACAGGCCAUGAUGAUGCCUCCUCAGCCUUUGCAGGUUCCCCAGUAUAAUCCAAUGCAGAUGCCCAACAUGGUAGCAAUGGAGGCACCGAGAGGCGGUCGCGAGUUGCCGCACACUGUUGGCGGCCGAGAGGUGCCACAACCCAUGGGCGGACUGCGGGAGAUGCCUGCCGGACUCUACCAGGCUGACAGUCUGUGCGUGGUCUGCAACCUAAGAGCCGCCUUCCUUUGUUCUGGGUGUAAGCGGAUGUGGUACUGCAGCGAAAGAUGCCAGGCAAAGUCGUGGCAAGAGAGGCACAGGAUGGAAUGUCCAUCCGCUGUGCUGUAGGGGACAGCCUGUUGGAUCAGUUUAGGUGAUCACGAUAGAGUAUAUAGGCCUAUAUAGCCUUGUGGUGCAUGUAGCAGCAGAAAGACUCGCUUUUCAUUAGUUGCUCUUAAAACCACUAUCCCAGAAGAACCCAUUUGAUAUGUUUGAGACCACAGACCUAGAUUGGCCGACAACAAUGAUUGUUGAAUGAAAUGCCAGAAUCUAAACGCUAGGAGAUUAAUUUCUCAUUCUACGUGGUCGGAUCCGUCCUCCAGACUUAAUGGGGGCUCUCUCUCUUCCGUCUUCCUGGAGACUUGUUGAUUAAGGUGUGAUGGAUAUGGAGGUUUAAAUCCGAUGAUAAGCCAGAAUGAGGAACCAUAACUCAAGAUCUCGCCAAUAUAGGAGUUAAACAUCAGAGUGGAUUCCCAAGAAUUUUUGCUAAAGAAAAGAGGGCAUGAGUGUGUGCAGAAAUUGUGAUCGAUCAUAUAAUGUGUUGUUCUUUCGGACGUUCUUCUUGGUGACUUUAAGUUCCGUACAUGGAAACUUUGCCAAAUGCAAAAAGGACGCGUGUAUGAAUCCUAAAAAACAUUAUUCGACCAGUAUUUGGGCUGUAAAACGUAAUUGAUAGGAACUUCCGAUAUUACCAAAACUCGAGACAAAUGGCAUUAAAUACAUUAUGGAAAUCUUCCAGAGAUACCCAAUUCUCCCGAAAAAGUGGCAUUAUAACAUUGUUCGUGGAAAUCUCGAGAUCUAUAUCUUGUGGACGUGAAAGAAACCUGCGAAGAGGUGGCUCUAUGAUUGUUCCCGGAAAUCUUCAGGAGAGGGAUCUCUUGAAAAAGGCAAUAAUGUUUAAAAUACACAGAAUUAAAGUUGAAUUAGAAAUGUUUGUGGAAAUCGUGUUGUGAAAGAGUAGCAUUAAAUUUUUCGUGGAAAUCUUCCAGAGAGCAAAAUAACGUUGUGAAAGAGUGGCAUUCAAGUGUUUGUGGAUAUCCUCAAGAGUGGCAUUCAAAUGUUUGUGUAUAUCCUCAAGAGUGGCAUUCAAAUGUUUGUGGAUAUCCUCAAGAGUGGCAUUCAAAUGUUUGUGGAAAUCUUCCAGAGUGGCAUUUAAAUGUUUGUGGAUAUCCUCAAGAGCGGCAUUCAAAUGUUUGUGGAUAUCCUCAAGAGUGGCAUUCAAAUGUUUGUGGAAAUCUUCCAGAGUGCCAAACUCUCAUGAUAAUGGCAUUGCAAAUGUUCGUGGAGUGGAUUUAUUAAUCUGUGGAAAUGUAGGCCUACUAAAUUUUUGAACAAAUGGCAUUAUAAAUGUUCAUGUUACGUUUAAUUAAAGUUAAUGUCGGUACGGAGUAAUCCAGUUACGUGCGGUAGUCCAUUAGAGAGUUCCAUUAGAGUGUAUCAUUAGAGAUAAUGUCCAAUGGAAUUGUGGCAUUGUCUGCAUGCGCUGAUGCACACUUAGCUGUCGUGCUAAUCUGAUGUCAUGUCUGAAUAAUGUGGGGAUGGAAAACUGGAACAGAUACAGAUGAAUAUAUGAAAAUAGUUUUCAAAAUGCCAGGAUAGUGAAUAAAUAAAGAUUCUAGAACUGGAGAAGUCAUGCGUUUUAGUAUCAUGCUAUGUAGUGGUGAAUCUUAAUCAGCUUGAAAAGUCGUGCGAAAUCAUAUCAUAAUAAACCAUCAUUGCAUUGACUGAUGCCCUGUCGAAUGAGGACGAAUCGAAGUGUGUCUUUUAGAAAUUUAACAUUCGUAGAGAAUCGUCGGUGGAUUUAGUACAACGACAUUGCUGCCGUACUCAAAACUUUAAAACAUGCUCAUGGUUUGUGCAUAGUAAGAUUUUAGCAAUUUUAUAAUGGUGAUGAUGAUCACGGGGAGGGGCACGUACAUGUGCUAUAUAUUAUCUGGAGAGUUUUAUGCAUCCAUUCUGUGCUUGGAGUUAAUGUGGUACGAUGUUUUGUUUUUGUGCGUCUUUGAAAUUAAUUUGUUCUGGUGUGUGAUUUGGUGAGUGGGUUGUGUAAAGUUGAUUCACAGUGUUUUCUUUGGCUGUGCUUUAAAUACAUAGUAUCCAUGUUGCCACUUGUCACGACUGAAACAUGACAUGAAGCUGAAAGUGACAUCGUCGUGAAUCCUAUGUAGCCGACUCUUUAGAAAUUACUUGUUCGACACGAUACAAAUGACAACAUGAAUUCUAUGUAAACCCAGCCUUAAGCGAAACACAAAAUUGUUAUGUGAAUUGUAAAUGUAGCUAAUGUGUAUGGAAGUAUGUCACUGAGGAGGAGCAUUGCUGACCCAGUCUAAAUAAAUAUAUGUUCAGGUUAAUACUAAAAUUAAGUUGCGACACAAACCUGCGAUGAGCGAUAAAACGAUUGCUCGUCUGCGUAAGAAAUCAAUAAUUGGCUUUGAUAUCAAUUGAAGGUCACAGCAAUGACAAUUCUCACAUGCACCUCCAAUGAACCCGAAAACGAGGUGUUUUUUCUCAUGCGAUAAUCAUCACAGGUGACAGCAAGGAAAAUAUCUCGUUUGCGGGUCAUAAGGCAUCACUUAGUAACAUGUUAUUGCUGUUUACAGCACUUGUGCAUUUUGAACCUUUGGAGCACCAGCUUUCGUUUUUAUCUCGAUAUGGGAUUUUGAAUACUUUCAGAUCACGGUAUAGCCUAGCAUUGGGCCAUAUUAUGCGGAAUAGAUUUCGGGUAGCAGAAGACCGCCCGAUCUUGUGACUCGUGAGAUUGAGGGUCGUGAGGAGUUCAUUUCACCCCUCUUAAAUUCGUUUGAAAGUUAGGACGGGUUUUGCCGAUAUCUAAUCCCAAGGCAAUACGGUCGUACGAUUGGACACCGUGCUUACCCCUGGGGCUCCCCAGCUUCCGUCUGCAUGCAGUAUCCAAUAUCUGACCGGUUUGCAAUUACUCACUGUGAUAAACUUGCAAUAAUACCUGUGUAUUACAGAUAUUACAAAUGAUAUUUUUAAGAGGCAUAAUAUAUACAUUAAUUUGUUAGUAUUACAGAAGUAAACAUAUUUUACGAAGUAUACGCGUUGGAGAUCGUAUAGUGUGUACAUAUUAGUAUAAGAUUAAUUUAUUCUCUGUCGAAGACAUUAUUAUCAUUGGAAGACAUUUUGAAUAAUUCUCAAGCAUGGACCAAUUUGAUAUUCUACGCAUCAUAUCCAGGCAAAUAAUGCAACAGUUAACAAAAGGAUAUGCAUACAAGGCCUAUCUCCACAUUGGCAUUUGGCGCUGUGUUGCCCACGAAAACAAAGCAUUUUGCAUGAUAAUGUAUACUUUAUUUCUUCUUGAUAGCGCUUACUUUGACUAUAUAUUGGAAAAGCACUGCCCCAUCGGUAGGUUAGGUCCCGACAAUUGCAAAGUUUGACAGAAAACAGUGGUUUUUAUGGGGUCAAAGAUACUCUGUGGAUUUUUUUUAAUAUAGAUAUUACGGGCCUGAGGACAGGCUCGUGGGGAAAAUAGCUCAAUAGCCCCCAUGCACACGACU